UGGCGGCCGCUCAAAUUCACAUUCCCCUUUGCUGGACCAGCGCUUCCUGUGGAGAUUUGGGACAUAGUGCUUGAGUACCUCGUCGGUGCUAAACCUCAGGAGCUUCUCGACCUCUCACUCGUUUGCCGGCACUGGUGUGCCAGGUGUGGGCCCUAUCUGGUGCACAAUAUCGUAUUCAGCAAUCGAGGCGACGUGCUCCGUGAGCAUCGUACAAGACGUCGUGAGUGGAAAGGACCGUACUGUGUGACCAUUAGAGGCGCAGAGAACACGAGGUCGCUCGGCCAUCUUGGAUUUUUGGCAGCCUUGCUUGGUCCCAGGUGGCAGAACGUGUGCGAUGUGGUUAUCGAGCAUGGGGACUGGCGAACGGGCGACUUCCAUCCGGACGUCUUCCACCACCUGUGUGCCUUGUUGCAGCCAAUACGAGUUUUGAGAUUGAACGAUGUCGCGUUGCCAUCAGGUGCUAUUCUUCGCAGCCUCGUCUCUCAACUGCGUUUUCUGAAAUCUACUUACCGGAAAGGUUACGGGAUGCUCGCUCUCGAGCAAAUAAGCUUUGAGAAUGUAUCGAUACCUCCCGCUUCCCUCUCAUGGGUGAGCAAUGGCAGUUCUGGCAGAAACGCUGUUGUACUUCAGCUUGACAACUUGGAUGCCAACUCCCUUGAUCUCAUCGCACAUUGGCUGCAUAUCGCUCUGGACAAGGAUCGCGCGCUAUUGCCACACGUAUUCCUUUCAAUCGGGAGCUUGCACGAACCCCGCCUUGAUACUGUCCCGCCCAUAAUCCCAUUUCUCAAAACUGUUGGGGCCUUCGCUGAAUAUGUAACGCUGAAUAUUGAUCGGAGCUUAGAUAUAUGUCCAAGAAUCAAUGUCAUAUGGAUGGCUCCUAAGGGCAAUCUCACGCUUCCGAACGCUAGAAGAGCCCCC